AACAUUUGCCAUAUCUGGGCUUCCGAGAGACUAAGUUGCUCUUUACUCCCACUUUAGUUCGCAUGUCUUCAGCUGAUGUUUUGAUUGCAGUUUUUUUGGCUUGGCUUAUCCGCAUUAAUCGUGUUAAAUGCAGUCAUAUUUUGAAUCUCUCUCAGGAAAUAAUCCUGGUCUUGAACUACUGGAUGAUUCUCCAGUCGGUGAUGGCGAUGAUGAACGUUCUAUCGAUAUGUCGGGUGCAUUGUCACAGAUUGCACUCCAGCAUUCCCACAGUCCCAAUUCUGGUCCACAGGGAAGCAUAUCUUUGCAAAACCAAGCGCAUUUAUUCGGAGAUGAAGAUGAUUUAUUUGUUUGUGGUCGUUGCAAACAACAAUUUACCGAUUUACAGAUUUUUUUGCUCCACAAACGUGAGGAGUGCAUCACCAGACAACGAACCAUACAAAAUCAGGAAGAAGCCCUACCCAUGAUGCAACUUCAACAAAUAACUAAUGAUCAGUUACAGCAAAAUCAUCAUAUUGACGCUUUACCUGGGACUGUACUCAUUGCAGACAGCCAAGGUUUGAUGUCAAGAGGACAGCAAGCAAUCAUGAUAAAUGCAUCACAAUAUUCAAAUCAAACAAUGGAAAAUACAGCCGGUUUGAACCUAACACAGGAUUCCAGAAAAGAUAGGGAUUUGUCAUCAACUGCAAUCAGAAAUACAAUGGAAAACAUGAAUCUAUUAUCAACAACUCCACAAAAUCAUAUCUCGUUAAACCAAGUUGGAAAUCUGGUCCAGUAUCCUGGGAACACAGCAGAUAUAUUACAAGAUAAUAUGAAUUAUUCAACAAGACCUGGAGAUGAUUCUGUUAUAUCUGAAGAUAUAUUGAUCAGUUCAACAUCAGCACAGACAGAUUUUGGUGCGGAGUGCCAAAUGCAACAGAAUGAAGUGAACCAACAGCAACUAGGAUCUCUAGGAAUUGGAAUGGUCACCAAUACCAGUAUUACAUCUCUCAUGCAGCAACUUCCAUCACUGCAGAAUCCAACUAUUCAUCAGCAGAACAAUUUCACUAAUAAUCAGCAACAGCAGCAACAAGUUUAUAUUCACAUCUCACCACAGACCCAACUCGACACCCAAAAAACAUACACUUUACAACCAAGGGAUCUAAUUAAUACGAAUUCUGCUCUAGGAUUGAAUUUAUCAGCCUUGAAUUUAGCCCCAUAUACAGUUGCAACCACAAAUGGAAAUUUCACAACCAUACAACAAGAUAUUCAACCACAGAAUUCUUUGAAUCUUACUAAACAUACUCCCAUACUUGCUCGCCCUGAAAAUAUGACAACAAUACCUCAGCAACAAACUAUUACUGGUUCUAGUAUUGCCAUAAAUGAAGAAGUAUCCAAUGUUCAGAGCACACCAGGGCCUGACUCGACAUCUGAGGUGAAAUCGAAAAAGAAAACAACACUAAAAUUUACAUGCCAUUUCUGUUCAAAGGGAUUUUCAAGAGGAUUUGAUUUGGAGCAACAUGUCAGAAGCCACACUGGUGAAAAACCAUUUCAAUGCAUUGUAUGUGGAAGAGCAUUCGCACAGAAAUCUAAUGUUAAAAAACAUAUGUCAACCCAUAAAGUAUGGCCGAAGAAAGCACUCGAUUUUUUACCCAGUCUUAUUCUAUUGGAUGAAGGCAAAGAUGUUGCAAAUUCUAAAGACAAAGAAGAUAAUGCCAAUGAUCCGAUUUCAAAUAGGCAAAGUAGUGAGUCUCGGAGCAACUCGUUUUCUUUUGUUUCAACGACAGUGCACUCAUGUCCAUAUUGUGACCAAGUAUUGGGUUCAUUUAAGGAAAGAAAGUCUCAUAUGCUGAGGCAUAAAGAUAAACAGGUUUAUAAAUGUGUUAAAGAAGGAUGUGAGCAAACAUUUCAAGAUUUAGAUGAUUAUGUAGAACAUGUCAAGGUCCAUGAAGGUUCAAUGACAUACAGAUGUCAUCACUGCCAUCAUAUAUUUGAUACUUUACAUAAUCUUGGUGUUCAUCAGUAUCAAGCACAUUUAAAUGAUAAAUCAAAAGCAGCUAAAUACCCGCGAUUAUAUUCAUGUACAUUAUGUCCUGGUAAAUUCUCUCAUCCUGAAUUGUUACAUAAGCAUUCAAUGACAGAAUCUCAUAAUCAUCCAUGUUCCUUCUGUCCAAAAAGAUUUUCAUGUGACAGAUAUUUAAGAAAACAUAUUGCUGCUGCUCAUUCAAACAAGCCACAGAAGAAAGUAAAGUGUGAUAUAUGUGGUGUUAAAGUACGAAGCAUAUACUACAUGAGAUCUCAUAUGAUGAUUCACACUAAAGAAAAACCAUUCAAAUGUUCUAUGUGCCAGUCUUCAUUCAAUCGGAAAGACAAAUUAAAACGACAUAUGGUUAUACAUGAUCCUGUCAAAAAAUACAAGUGUCCUCUUCGAUCAGUAUUAGGAUGUACAAAGGAAUUCAGUCGUCCUGAUAAGUUGAAAGCUCACAUAAUUUGUCACAAUGGUGCCAGGCCACAUAAAUGUUCAUUCUGUCCGAAGACAUACACAAGAAGAUGUUUUAAGGUUGCACAUGAGCGAACUCAUAGUGAAGAAUUCCAGUGUCAGGCAUGCAAGAAAGGUUUUACCGACAAUCUUCGUCUUCAUUUACAUAAGUGUAAACCUGUAUCAGAGAACGAUGCCAACUCAGCCAUUGCAUCCAAAAAUGUAAAACGACGAACAAGACCCUUAGGAUUGAGAAAACCUAUCAAAACCUAUGGAAAUGAAAGCCAUUUGGAAACUGAACCAAACUUAGUAGGACCUAUGUAUGCUAUACGUAGUGGAUCCAAAAGGAAUUUUCGCAAAAAAUCCCAGAAAACGGCUCAGGAUUCUGGCGAUCUAUCCACUUCUAGUACAAGAACUGAUAAAAUAAAUGUAGAAAUUGAACUUCCGGAACAAGACGAAGCAACUUCCGGUGAUGAAUCUGAGGUCGAAAUUGAUGUUGAAGCUGAUGAUAUUGAUUGUGUUAUUUAAAGCAUUUUUUCCCUAUAUGAUUUACAACGUUGCAAUAUUUGAUAUCUUUAAUAAAGUUAUUGCUUUUCACGCUUCGUAUUGUUAGCUUUCAAAUCAUCUUCUAUUUUUAUCAUAUAAAUUCCAUUAAUCCUUUAAAAUCUGGGCGGAAUCAUUUAGCGAUAUUUCAUAAUCGGCAUUGAGGAUCAUAUGCGUCACGAGUUAAUCACGGUUAAAUAAUCCGAGUAUGUUUUGAUCACGAAUGAUUUAAAAAUGAG